GCAACAAUAUGUACAAAACUUCUAUCUUUCUCUCCCCCCCAGACCGUUAUCUUUCUUAUUCUUACGUGACUGCUCAAGGCCAAGUUUUCUAUUUUCCGUCCUCCAACCGUCAAGGGCGCCAUAAUGCCAUCGCAGAGAGUGCUCAUCGUCGGGGCAGGUGUGGCAGGCUCGGUAGCAGCUUUCUGGCUGGCCAAGUAUGACUUUGAGGUGGUCGUCAUUGAACGGUCCAAAGCCGAGCAGAAAGCCGGACAAGGGAUCGAGAUCGAAGAACCUGCACUUCAGGUUGUAAAAGCCAUGGGCAUCUUGGACGAACUGAAUGAGAAGAAGACGGGCGAGCUCGGGUUCGAGUGCCACGAUGAGAAGUUUCGUGUGCACGGUCGCCUGGAGACGGGCGCAUUUAGUCCCACGGGCAACCUCGAACUCAUGCGAGGUGACCUGACCGAAGUCCUCUACAAAGCUGCCGACGGAUCUGCCAAUGUGAAGUACCACUUCGAAACGACGAUACAGAGUCUACGACAGAUACAGGAUACAAUCAUCGUGGAACUUCAGAGAAGAAACGACAAAUCCAGUUGGACCGAGGAAUUUGAUUUCGUGAUAGGCGCCGACGGAGUCAAAUCACAUACGAGAAGGCUCACAAUGGGACCCCCUGAAGUCAUCAAGUGCUUCAAGCCCGUCGGCGCCUACGUGGCAUACUUUUCAAUUCCGAAGGAAGAUCGGGACUGGCCCUACUCUCGAAUGUGCGCCUUCCCCGGCCGGCGGAUCAUCUGGAUCCGGCCGCUUGGAAAAGAUGACAAGAUAGUCUCGGUGUAUCUGAUCCACCUUGGUGGCGACCUUCCUGACCUGCACCGAGCAAUUGCCACUGGAGACAGGCCGAAGCAGAGGGAACACCUUGCCAAAUUAUACAGUGGCUUGGGCUGGGAAGCGCCACGGGUCGUCGAGCACAUCAUGACCGCAGAAAACUUCUACGCGGACGAGCUUGAGCAGGUCAAACUCCAGAAAUGGUCGCAAGGGCGGGUCGCGCUCGUCGGUGAUGCAGCUUGUGCUCCGACCAAUUUCACCGGGUCCGGCAACCAGUUGGCGAUCAUAGGUGGAUGGGUACUGGCUCAGGAGCUGUCGAGACACCGAAGUCCAGCGGCGUUUGAGACGUACGAGAAGAGACUGCGCGCAUACGUGGAACAAUGUCAGAACAUCCCGCUCUGGGGAUACGCGCCCUACAUUUUCAUCCCACAGACAACUUGGGGCAUCAAGUGUCUUCAAUUGUUUUUCGUAUUGAUUUCCUGGGUGGUACGUUUCCUUCUGUGGUCGAACCUGUCAAAAUUGUUCCCAGAGGGGCAUGAGAUCAAUUUCAAUCUGGAGAUGGAGGGAGUCGAAGCAAAGACUGCACGGUGAAGAUUGUGUAUUUGCCGGCACAUAUAGGGCGCUUGCACUCUCAUUGGAAUAUUUGAUCCAAUCCCAGAUCGCGUCAAUAUAUGAAUCUCCCCUCCUGUCUGUAUCCUUAGCACACCACUCAAUCCUGCUAGCAAGCCAUCAUCUAGUCACAGCCGUAUCGCGCUUCUUCUCACAUCCAUAGAGUCUCAAUGCAGACCUGAUGUUAU